GCGCAGAAUUGGCCCCGCGAUUGUUGUAUGCUGUAGAUUUUCUUCAUCGUGUAUUCGCUAAUACUUUCAAACACUACAACUUUUCUGUGUGUCAAUUGUAUAAAACACGUAAAGUGAAGAGCUUCUCUCCUCCUUUUAGCUUACAUCAUUUACUCUAUUAAUCGAUACGCCUUUGCUUCUACACUUCUUCUGUUCCCUAUAGCUACCAAACUUUUAAAUUAUUUUUGAUUAAUGGAUCUUGUCUAAUUCAUCCACACCUACCAGAAAAUCCUAUGAUGGAUUCUGAGCGGAAACCAGUUCCCAGAUGGAAUUCUACAGAGAUUGCCAAGCUGAAGGAUAUUAUUCUCCGUUUGGAAAAUGGUAAAAUGAAGGGACCCCGUAAUGAAUUCUGGCAGGAGGUCGCCGAUGAAAUGAAAGCGUGCGGAUACGAUCGCCAGGCAGGUGCUGUUUACGUCAAAUGGCAUCGUAUCGUCAAAAAUGCUCCAUCAAAACAGUCAAAGAGAACCCCACGUACCAUGUGGGACGUCAGUGAUAGUGACGACCUUGAAAACGAAAAUGAGGGAGAUGACGAGGAAGAUGACGAGGGUGGUGCAAGAGGUGAUGGUUUGCCUCUAAAAGACUCCAAGGACGAUGAUUCCACACCGUGGACAGAAGGAAACAACUGGUCGGAGGAAGAGGAUGCUAUUGCAUUCGAAUGCAUUAAGGGCCAACGAGAACGUGAGACAAAACUGAAGCUUGAACCAAUUACGGCGGAUGAAAUGUGGCGCAUGGUGUCCAAAUGCCUUGCUUCUCGAGGGUUUUACCGAAAAUGUCCAAAUGUUUGCAGAUAUUGGAAUACCAAAGGAAAAGAAAAGCAUAACCUUGACGCAAGAACUCCAAGCGCCAUUGAAAAGGCCCAGGGUGAGACUGUUUGGGUCUCUGAAGAACAAGCUAAACAAAAGGCUUGGAAGCCUUACGGUGUGAAAUCGACAUCGCGCCAGGACAAACCCUCAAGUUCGAUUCUUGAAAGUUCAACCGAGAACUCUUCCCAGGCAAGUACAAUUUCCGUAUUUUGGAAUGAUUUAAGGGUUGUUAACGUUACUUUCCAGCAAACUAAUUUUACUGCCGAGACAAAUUUGAAAGUUGCACAGCCGUUAGAUCUUUCACCUCAACAGCAUGCCAUUUUGAUGGCUCAGUAUUUAAAAUACAAUCACUUAGAUAAUCCCGUGAUGAACAAACUACAAGAGGAAACUGGAUUGAGCAGAGAACAGAUCAGGGUAAAAAUGCAUAGAAAAAGUCACCGUAUUACUGCUAAUCAAGAGAAUUCAGGUGUUCUAUCGAAAUCAGAAAGCCACGGACAAGAAAGAAACAGAACUCCACACGCAAAUUGAGUUGCCAGCUGCACAGGAAGUUUCCAUACCCCAUCUCGGUAAGCCGGAGCUUGGAGCAGCUGGAUCGAAGCGUUACCGCACCUCAGACAUUGGCUUUCAACGUCACGUAGAGGAGGAACCAACUAAAAGAGUGCGCCACAGCUUGGAGCCCGAGGAGUUGGUCAAGAGCCACCGUGUAGUUCCAGUUGAUUUGAAAGCCCGAGUAAGUCGCGCUGUUUCAUUUCAUUCCAAAUAUAGAUGUGCAGCACGUCGUGCAUUAGCAAGAACAGAGAAUUGCUCUAACAUGGAAGUUUUAGGAGGAAAGUUCGGAUUAUCACCCUGCAGUAUCAGUACUGAGUGUAUCUUCUAACAACAAUCUGGCGGUAUCGACUAUCGAAGUCCAGCAUCUUUCUCUCAAGCCUAAAACACAGCAGGUAGAUACUCAAGACCACACAUCUCAAUUGACCGUCCGUUUGACAGAAGAGCGACGAAUUCAACAACAGAAAAUCCUCGCAGCUCAGGAACAUCAUAAUCAGCUGGAACUCGCUAUCACCACUCACAGGGAAAGAGCUGCGGAGGAACACAGGCUGCUCCAAGUCGCUAUUGACGCUCACAAGAAAAGAGCCAAUGCUGAGCUUGAAGCUGCAAAGGCGAAAGAACUGGAGCUUCAAGAACAAAAGAAAAUCAUGGAAAAUGCUGAGAAGAAAAUCUCCUGCGUUGACGAGCUUCUCAAUCCGCCAACCUGAGAACAGUUUUCCUUCCUCCAUUAUAUCUAUGUCUAUAUUCCCCGGCUUUCUUUAAGAUGUAGCCAUGUUGUUGACUAUACCAAACGUUUGCAUUAGUAAUAUGAUUUACCACACAGUCCUAGAAUUAUGUCACCUGUUUUAUAAGCCUUCAAGAACUUCUAAUAGAUCAUUCCAUAUGUAUUUUGGCACUCGGAAGAGAGUGCUUCUAGACAAUUGAGCUCAAUGAGGGAUAUCA